AUGACGGAGGAAACAGGUAGCGGUGGAUCUGAUGUUAGUCCCGGCUGGUCGGUCAUGGGUCACCCUCAUGUGGGCAUCUCCUAUACCACCGUAAGAAAACGCCCCUCUUAUCGCCCCGACGUUGAACUCUGUCUACGUUUUCCCCAAACUCAAUUUGAUCCAACUGUUUUUAAAGAAAUUCAAGAUUUUUACAGCUUCAAACCUUCUGCAUCACAUAUCCUUAAUGAAAUUUCAUCAUGUCCUGACCUAGAUAUUUCCACGGCUAGUGUCAACAAUGAAGAUUUGGGGGUUGUGUAUUCCGAAAUUGCUCCUUCGGUUGUUUCUGUCUGUGCUUUCGACGGUGUGGAAAGGAAGUGGCAUUGCUCAGGUCUCGUGAUUCAUUGGAGUUUAACAGACAAUGAGGCAACUAUAUUGACUUCUGCAAAAGUCCUUUUCAAACCAAAGGAUCCCGAAUUCAAAUUUCAUCUAAUUAUAAGGAUGGGAGAUGGCACAGUGCUUUUUGGCAAAGAAGACCAAGUCGACUUUUAUCACAAUCUUCUUACCCUAAAAGUUAAGUCCAAAGUGGAACUGGAAGUCUUAGAUUUAAGAUCCAGGCAAGCACAGAUUGUUCAUGGGAUGGAAGUGAUAUCUUUGGGUCGAUCGUUUUAUUCCUCUUGCUUGUAUGACUCUUUUGGAAAUCUAUAUGAGGAGCAUCCAAAUUUUGGUUGUGAUGAGCUUUUAAAGUCUAGUUGCGGCAUUCGUGAGAUAUGUGAAGGUGGACCACUUGUCACCCGUGACGGAUAUGUGGUUGGGAUUAAUUUUUUCGGUGAUCAUCCUUGUGCUCAUCCACUUCCGACACCCAUAAUCCUAUCAUGCUUGGAGAUGUGGAAAUCGUUUAGAAUGAUUGUGCGGCCUUGGUUUGGAAUAAGACUGAUCGAUAUGAAUCAAUUAUCUAAAGAAGUAUCCAAUCAUGUACGGAAAUUUUUCAAUAUAUCCACUCUAAAGUCGCAUGUUUUUGUCAAGGAGGUGUUCAUGGGAUCAGUUGCUCGUAAAAGCAAUGUACGCCGCUAUGACUCAGUUGCUACGGUGAAUGGAAUUCGAAUAGAAUCUUACAAGCAGUAUUCUCAGUUAUUGUCUGAGGCAUCGCGUGCAGCGACUAGUUGUGAUUCGAGUCAACGUUUAGUGGCUGUCAUAAAUCCGUUUGAUUGUCGUACUGAAGAUAUAAGUAUUGAGGCAGAGUACGUUUCGGUUGAUGACGGGAGGCUUUAUGAUUGUUGGCCUGCAGCUAAAGUUGAAGAGUGGAAGAUAUAUAAAUCUGGACCAACUAAUCCCACGUCAUAUUACAUUGCCUAG